AACAUCCUUCCCCAGACCCGGGCUACACAGCCUGUGCCUCUUUAAAUCUGCGCUGCGUGCUGCAGAGCUCUGCAUUGUUGCCAUGGCAGAAAUCUCCCCAUAGUAAUAACCUCUUUCAGAGAAGGUUAAAAAGAGACAGUGCACAUGCUCAGAAAUGCUGCACUUGUUCUCUUAGCAGUUUGCAGCGGCCAUUUCAAAGAAACCAUCACAAAGACAAGAGAAAGAUCAGAGAAGCACCCAUUCCCAAGAUGCUGGCACCCUGCCUUCUGAGGAGAGCUGUCCUUACAGUUCCUUUGGUUUUUGUGGUUGCACUUCUUGUCACGGAGCCUGUCAGAGCUGACCAAGAAGCAGGAACAGCCAUACCAGCUGAAAGCCGCCCCUGUGUUGAUUGCCAUGCCUUUGAGUUCAUGCAGAGAGCUCUGCAGGAUUUGAAGAAGACAGCAUAUAAUCUAGACACAAGGACAGAAACUCUGCUUCUUCAGGUGGAAAAGAGAAAUCUGUGUGACUGCAUAUCUGCCAAUCUACUGAACUGAAUCCUGGAGACCCUGAGGAGACUCACCUGUCCAGCAGUUUUUAAAAUGCAGCUGUAUAAAAUACAGCUUUAUGGAGUUCAUGUGGCAAGCAUGUUUGUCCCAAUGUACUGAUGAAACUGGGGUCUGUGUCUGAUGUAUUUGUCUGUUCUGCAUCUUUUUUUAAAAGUACCCUCUUUUCACAUCAGCUGGAUUGCCAGUAAAGGCUCAAUUCAGUACAUCUGUUACUUGAUAUUAGGGUGAGGGGGAAAAUGUACCUACUUUGAUUUUUAAAUCAAAAUUUGCCAAGUGUAACUCCCCAAGAUAAUUUUGGAGAACAGUGCCCUAGAGACACAUGCAGCUGUUUUUUGUCUUUAAUAUGAACAUAAGUCUGUGGCAACUUACCCAGUUACAUUGAGACAUGACACUGUAGUCUCUGUAGGCUUUGCCUGUGUAUUAAAGAUGAUGAAGUCCUUUCUG